AUGAGGCAGGCGCGAGCCGCGAACGGGACGCAGGAGCGGGCGCCGCACGCGCUGCCCGCGGCGGGGGGAGCAGCGGUGGGAGGCGGGGAUGGGGAAGGUGCCAACGUCGAGUUGGGCUGCUCCGCCCGGGGGAGAGCAGGGGGCGGACGGAGAGAGACGGGGGAAGAUCCUCUUCAGGCCGUGUCCUGCCCACGCGAGUCCGGCUAUCCCCUACAGCACCCCAGCCACCUCCACCCGAGUCCGGCUAUCCCCUACAGCAGCCCAGCCACCUCCACCCGAGUCCGGCUAUCCCCUACAGCACCCCAGCCACCUCCACCCGAGUCCGGCUAUCCCCUACAGCACCCCAGCCACCUCCACCCGAGUCCGGCUAUCCCCUACAGCACCCCAGCCACCUCCACCCGAGUCCUGCUGUCCCCUACAGCACCCCAGCCACCUCCACCCGAGUCCAGCUAUCCCCUACAGCAGCCCAGCCACCUCCACCCUACUCCUGCUGUCCCCUACAGCAGCCCAGCCACCUCCACCCGAGUCCAGCUGUCCCCUACAGCAGCCCAAGCCACCUCCAACCUACUUCUGCUGUCCCCUACAGCAGCCCAGCCACCUCCACCCGAGUCCAGCUGUCCCCUACAGCAGCCCAAGCCACCUCCACCCUACUACAGCUGUCCCCUACAGCAGCCCAACCACCUCCACCCUACUCCGGCUGUCCCCUACAGCAGCCCAGCCACCUCCACCCUACUCCUGCUGUCCCCAACAGGACCCCAACCACCUCCACCCGAGUCCUGCUGUCCCCUACAGCAGCCCAGCCACCUCCACCCUACUCCUGCUGUCCCCUACAGCAGCUCAGCCACCUUCACCCGAGUCCAGCUGUCCCCUACAGCAGCCCAGCCACCUCCACCCUACUCCUGCUGUCUCCUACAGCAGCUCAGCCACCUUCACCCGAGUCCAGCUGUCCCCUACAGCAGCCCAACCACCUCCACCCUACUCCGGCUGUCCCCUACAGCAGCCCAGCCACCUCCACCCUACUCCUGCUGUCCCCUACAGCAGCCCAGCGCACCUCCACCCUACUCCUGCUGUCCCCUACAGCAGCCCAGCCACCUCCACCCUACUACAGCUGUCCCCUACAGCACCCCAGCCACCUCCACCCUACUCCGGCUGUCCCCUACAGCACCCCAGCCACCUCCACCCGAGUCCUGCUGUCCCCUACAGCACCCCAGCCACCUCCACCCUACUCCUGCUGUCCCCAACAGCACCCCAGCCACCUCCACCCUAGUCCUGCUGUCCCCUACAGCAGCCCAGCCACCUCCACCCUACUCCAGCUGUCCCCUACAGCACCCCAGCCACCUCCACCCUACUCCUGCUGUCCCCAACAGCACCCCAGCCACCUUCACCCGAGUCUGGCUGUCCCCUACAGCACCCCAGCCACCUCCACCCUACUCCGGCUGUCCCCUACAGCACUCCAGCCACCUCCACCCUACUCCGGCUGUCCCCUACAGCAGCUCAGCCACCUCCACCCUACUCCAGCUGUCCCCUACAGCAGCCCAGCCACCUCCACCCUACUCCGGCUGUCCCCUACAGCAGCCCAGCCACCUCCACCCUACUCCAGCUGUCCCCUACAGCAGCCCAACCACCUCCACCCUACUCCAGCUGUCCCCUACAGCAGCCCAGCCACCUCCACCCUACUCCAGCUGUCCCCUACAGCAGCCCAGCCACCUCCACCCUACUCCAGCUGUCCCCUACAGCAGCCCAGCCACCUCCACCCUACUCCUGCUGUCCCCUACAGCAGCCCAGCCACCUCCACCCUACUCCGCUGUCCCCUACAGCAGCCCAACCACCUCCACCCGAGUCCAGCUGUCCCCUACAGCACCCCAGCCACCUCCACCCUACUCCGGCUGUCCCCUACAGCAGCCCAGCCACCUCCACCCUACUCCAGCUGUCCCCUACAGCACCCCAACCACCUCCACCCUACUCCGGCUGUCCCCUACAGCACUCCAGCCACCUCCACCCUACUCCGGCUGUCCCCUACAGCAGCCCAGCCACCUCCACCCUACUCCAGCUGUCCCCUACAGCAGCCCAGCCACCUCCACCCUACUCCAGCUGUCCCCUACAGCAGCCCAACCACCUCCACCCGAGUCCAGCUGUCCCCUACAGCACCCCAGCCACCUCCACCCUACUCCGGCUGUCCCCUACAGCAGCCCAGCCACCUCCACCCUACUCCAGCUGUCCCCUACAGCACCCCAGCCACCUCCACCCUACUCCGGCUGUCCCCUACAGCACUCCAGCCACCUCCACCCUACUCCGGCUGUCCCCUACAGCAGCCCAGCCACCUCCACCCUACUCCGGCUGUCCCCUACAGCACCCCAACCACCUCCACCCUACUCCGGCUGUCCCCUACAGCACUCCAGCCACCUCCACCCUACUCCGGCUGUCCCCUACAGCAGCCCAGCCACCUCCACCCUACUCCAGCUGUCCCCUACAGCAGCCCAGCCACCUCCACCCUACUCCAGCUGUCCCCUACAGCAGCCCAACCACCUCCACCCUACUCCUGCUGUCCCCUACAGCAGCCCAGCAAUCACGGUCGUCGUGUGUUCAGCAGAUCAAAUCAACGGGAUCCUCUCGGCGCCGAAGUGA